CGCUGCCUGCCUGAGCCGCAGCGCCCUGACAAGGGCUCCUACCCUCCAUCCGCACAGUGGAACACUUUGAAGCUCCGCUUGGCCUCGGAGGCACCGGUGGUGAGGGGUAAGAAGCCCCCACGCCGCGGUCCCAGAUCUCGUCUCCGCGCCCUGAGCGGGCGACCACCGCCGCCGAGCUCCGGGCCCCCAGCGCGGGGCCCACCCGAAGCCGGAGGAGAGAUGACGUGCCAGCGCCGCGGCAGACCAUGGCGGAGACCCCGCCCCGCGGCGACGCGGGGAUUCCUUAGGGCGGGGCCUCCGCCUCCGGCCACAGACGUAUCGCGCGUGGCCCCGCCCCUAUAUAAGGGGCGCCUUAGCGCAGCGCUGCGAGCGCGGCCGCCGCCUCUGCCUCAGCCGUUCCGCGGAGCUGGUACCAUGGCAGACCAGUCUUUUGUGACUCUAGCCACAAAUGACUCCUAUGUGAAAGGAGCACUGGUACUUGGUUCAUCCUUGCAACAGUCCAGAACAACAAGGAAGCUGACUGCACUCAUAACUCCUCAGAUUUCAGAUCUUAUGAGGAGAGUGCUGGAAAAAGUCUUCGAUGAAGUCAUAUUGGUAAACGUCUUGGAUAGUGGGGAUUCAGCACACUUGGCAUUAAUGAAAAGACCCGAGCUGGGUGUUACACUAACAAAGCUUCACUGCUGGGAACUGACGCAGUUUUCAAAAUGUGUUUUCAUGGAUGCAGACACAAUGGUUUUGUCAAAUAUUGAUGAGCUUUUUGAGAGAGAAGAGCUGUCUGCAGCACCAGAUCCAGGCUGGCCUGACUGUUUUAAUUCUGGAGUUUUUGUUUACCGACCUUCCAUUGAAACAUACAAUCAGCUGUUACAGUUUGCCACAGAGAAAGGCAGCUUUGAUGGUGCAGAUCAAGGGUUAUUAAACACCUUCUUCAGCAGCUGGGCAACAACAGACAUAAACAAACAUCUACCAUUUAUUUAUAAUUUGAGCAGUACUUCUGUAUAUUCCUACCUUCCAGCAUUUAAAGCGUUUGGUGCAAAUACUAAAGUGGUGCAUUUCCUGGGAAGCACAAAGCCAUGGAACUAUACAUAUGACUCCAGAACAAAAAGCAUAAAAGGCAGUAUGGAUGACCCUAAAAUAGUUCACCCAGAAUUCCUCAACAUGUGGUGGGAUACCUAUAUAGCUAAUGUUUUACCAUUACUAGAACAGCAUGGAAUCGCUAAAGAAACUACUACAGGUGUAAACAUGCUAUCGGGCUUGGUCUAUACUCUGGCUUUCUCUUGUGGCUUCUGUAGAGAGGAAAGCUGCACAAUCCCUGCCCAUUGGCAAUGCUUGCUGCUGCGCAUGAGAACGUCUACUUCGUUGUCCCAUUUUAUGGCCUGUUGCUCACUGGCUGUGCAAAGUAUUUCUAUAUUUUUACUCUGCCUUUCCUUUUAGACAGAGGUUACAGAGGCAGUGUCCCACAUAUCAAUAUCAGCACCAUCACCAGCAUUACCAACUGUAUCUUCAGAAGAACGCAAGGAACGGUGGGAACAGGGCCAAGCUGACUAUAUGGGAGUGGAUUCCUUUGACAACAUCAAGAAGAAACUUGAUACCUACCUUCAGUAGAAAUGCCUGUCUCAAACAGUGGUGAUGCAAGGACUUGUUCCAGAACUAACAGCUAGAAAGGUGUAGAUGGUGGUCAGUUACACUUGCUAGUAGCUUGAUGAAAAACUUCUUGGCUGAAGGCCUCUGCAGUGCUACAGAUGAAGACUGAGCAAAAGCUAGGAAGCAGAAUUCCUUGGGCCACCUGUAACUGCCCAAUAUCCAAUUCUCCCUACUAGAUAAAACCAGGUAUUUUCAGUUUAAAUUUUCUUCUGUUGUGAUCAAUUGGCUCAACAUAUUCCUUGAAACUGGGUUUGUUACCUCACCUCAUUAAGGUGAUUAGCUAUGAUUCCUUUGCUUGCUGUUUUAGAUGUAAAAUCUAAUUCAUGGGAUUGCUCGUACACUAGAGUGGUAGCCAUUCUGCUUUACCAUAAAUGUAUUGAUGACACUGGGAUACAUACAGAUGUAACAGUAUUAGCACUGCUUUGCUCUUCCAGUCACAAUUGCACUGAAGUUUUGACCAGGUUCUUACGCACAGUGCCUACAGCAUGGCAGAAUGCAUUUUUCAGUUCUGUAUACUAUGGGACUAGUGAACUGAGUUUUAUCUGUUACUUGCAAUAUUGCACUUGAUACAAAAAUAAAAAGUUGUCAUGCAUUUCUGGCUUCCCUAAACUCUUGAGCAAUAACAAAAAAAAAAGGGAGCUCUGAAGUAGUCCAAAACAUUCAACAGGUAUAACCCUUAAGCUUUGCUGAUGUUACUCUAGCUAUCACUAGCAACUGUCCAGCUUUUAGUUCUGUAAUUAUUUAGAGUAUAUAGUCAUUUGCCAGGGAGCUGUUUAGGGCCACUCCCCUUAGGGCAAGCUAAUAAGUAUAGGAUGGCAGUGGAGGAAGUAUCUGCUGAAGCUGCUCACGUAAGAAACAUGGAGCUUGGGAAGAGGGAAUCUUUCUUUUGGUGACUGAAGAAACAUCAUCCCUAAUGUAAGCCCUGUACACUGUGAACUUGUUUUUAAACAAAAUGGUGAUGUUAUUUUGGCAAGAAAAGAGCUUGCUAAAUAGCUUCUUAAGUAACUAUACCUACCCUGAUUAGGAAAACUACUCUUUCCGUGUGCGCAGAGAAUAAAAGAAAGCACUUUUUUCCCCCCACACUCAGGCUACAGAUUGUAAUCUAAGAUGCAUGGAAAAGCAGUAAAAAUACCACAAUAACAAAAGCAUGCUGAAGACAGACAGAAAUUGGCUGUUAUCUGUACUAAGUUUCAGAUCCAUCCUUUAGCCAAAUUACUGUUCUGUCUUUGACAGCUAUGCUGUGUACUAGUCCAGAAACACUGAAAAAAUAUUUCCUAAUAAAGGAGGAUUUUGGCAGGAAGCUAGUAAGGGUGCUAAACUUUUAGCCUAGAGAUAAAAUAAACAGUCAACAAGCUCUCACCAUUUGCUGGUAAAGCAGAAGAUGUAAUCUGGGUAUGAGAGUUAGUUUGUUUUAACUUGUUUUUACUACUUAAUUGCUCUAAGGUUCCUUGGUCACCAUUUAGCAAAAAUGCUAAAGCUGAGGUCCAGACCAAAGUAGCUUGUAGCUAUUUAAAAGUACAAAGCAUCUGAACCCCGAGUUGUAACUAGGCCUUUCCUGUGUGGGUUUUUCUUUUGCUGUGUUGGGUUUUUGUAACAGAUAAAUUUGAAGUUGUGUGAAAGCAGGAGGGAUUAUUAGUUACAAUCUGUGGUGACAGAAGUAUACUUUAGCCAACAAGUAUAAAUAUUGGCAUUCUGCAUGCUCACAAAAUACUCUGUGGAAAAUGAUAAAAUAAGUCUUUUGAAAACAGCUAAACAGUCUUAACUUUGCUCCCCUUGUCUGUAUUUGUACUAGAGAAUAGGCACGUUACUACUUUUUAAGCUUAGUUGGAAAGAACUGGAAGUGUAAAAGCAUGAGACCUGAAGACUGAAACUGGAAAAUCUGUUUUAGCAUGUAAGUUUUGUAACAUUAACACAAGAUAAGGAGAGAUGCCGAAUAAGAUGAAAACCUGCAUGUUUGGGGUUAACAAAUACAGUUAGUAAAGAAAGAAAACCUAUAAAAACAUUCUGUCCUAGCCUCUGUGACUCAUACUAUGGUCAAGUGUUUACCCACAGCCUCAGGAAAGCAAAAGGCAUGAUAUCUAUACCAAACUCUAUGCAGCUUAUUUUCAAAUAAAAUGACCUUUAUGUCAUUA